AUUUGAUACAAGAAACCAAGGCAUCUUCACUCUCAUUUUGUGGAUCUUUGUGUAUCAACAGCUGUAAUUGUUUUGGGCAUAAUCGCCUUCAAAAAACAGUGUCGAUUACAUGUGAUUUGUGAUGUUGGUAACAUGUCUGUUACUGACGCGGGAUGGAGUUACUAUCGUGUAUCUCGUGAAGCCAAAGACUGUCUGGCGCUGUACCAGACAGGACAGACGUGUUCCGGUGUUUACACAAUUUACCCGACAGGGGGCGCUAAAACUGAUGUCGUCUGCGAUAUGAAAAUAAUGGGAGGAGGCUGGACACUAAUUCAGAAUCGUUUCGAUGGGUCAGAACAUUUCAACAGAACCUGGUCCGAUUAUAAGAAUGGAUUUGGAUCGGCUGUAGGUGAAUACUGGAUUGGUAAUGAUGUCAUUCACGAUUUGACAAAAAAUUCCAGCUCGUUGUACAUAUCAAUCACCCUGAAUAACGGAACAACAUUUUUUGAACUGUACCAAAUAUUCUCAAUUGCGAGUGAAGCUGAUAAUUACAGGCUAUCUAUAGGAGGACAGGCCACUGGAACUCUCGGUAACAGGAUGACUCAGAUAACAGGAGGCAACGAUCUCAAUGGGGCAAUGUUCUGUACACUGGACAGAGAUAAUGACAACUUUAUCAACGGCCAUUGUGCCAGGAGUCACUCUGGAGGAUGGUGGUUCAAUGUCUGUCACGACGCCUACCUGAAUGGACCGUACGGGUCGCCAUCUUGGAAUCAACCUUGGGACCCUCCAUUAAGCACGGGCGAAAUGAUUCAGAAAACAUCUAUGAUGAUAAGGCGAGGCUUAUCUGCUGGUUAAAAUAGAGGAAGGAAUGGAGAAACAGUUCUCCACAUUAAUCAAGAACAAUUUCCUCCAUAUCAUAUACACAUUACUCUAGUGAUUUUAAAUGUGGUAUGAACUCUUUAAACUCUUAGAUAAAAAGUCAGGGCUAUACAUAUACGUAAUACAACGUACAAAUUUAGUGGUUUAAAGUAGGCUACUAGAGUCGGUGGAAACUUUGAUAAUCUUAAGGCUUUCACGUUUUCGUUCACGUUCCUUUUUUAAAGGACAGCAACUUGUUAG